AUGGAUCUUUCUUGCUUUAUGGGCAUUUUUGUGUUAGGAAGAAAACGAAGACAAAGUCCGGAUUUUUUGUACUUUGUUUUUCUUUGUUUGCUUCUUGGAUUAACGUUAGGUAUCAUUUUUUUUCUUGUUUUGCAUCUAUCUCCCAUAUGUAGCCAACAGGUCACCCUGGCUGCUUCUUGUUGUCUUGGAAUCAUCGCAUCGGUUCUCGCCUACUGCUCUAGGUCAGCGAGAUGUCUUAGUCUGUUGUUCCUUCUCUCGGGUGUGAUGAAGGAAGGUAGAAAUGCUCUCAUUGCCUCUGGAACAGGAAUAAUUGUGUUUUACAACGUCAAAAAUAUUUUUCAAAAUCUAAAAAACCUUGCAGACAGCAUUACUUGCAAUUUGGAGGCAAAACGUCUCUCCCUGAGGAUAUUCCCUAUAGAUGUUUAUUUGGAAGUUAUACGUUUCAUUCGUCAUCAGUGCAAACAAUUCUUCACUCCUCUUGACAACAUCGUUACAUUCUUUAACACGUUCCAGUGUCAUGCACUAAUUUCCGAUAAAGACUUUAAAGCCGUUCUAAAUCAAACCAAGGAAGACAUUGUAAACGUAUCGGAGUACGUAUCAUCAUGGUUGGAUAUGGCUUCCUACACUGGCCAUGUAAUUCUUCUUGUCCUUGGAAUUUCGUUUGUGUUGCUUGGGUCUGGACUCUUCCUAAGAAAAUUUCUGGCUGCUGAUAGCAAGAGGUUUGAUAAUGUGUAUAUAACGAAGAGAUUCAUACAUUAUGAUAACUGUAAAAGGCAGGAAAACAUGCUUUGUGUCUUACCACUCAAUAAAAAUGAAAAGAAGGAUUGGAUCCAAAUACCAAGCUUGAAGAUUUCAAAGAACCAGAUGAAAAAAGCAUCAUUCUUUUUUUUUCCUGUUUUCACAAAUAUUAUUAUUUGGAGUUUGCUGACUUUUCUUGACCUUGUUAUUUAUUGGAUCAUCUUUACAGUUAGCAAACAUUUACAAGAAAUACCUCCCUUUGUUGUCCCUGUAAAAGCCUCUUUUUUGGGGCAGCAAACAAUUCAAGGUUAUGACUACGAAAGACCAGUGAGUGGCAAGUAUAACAAAUCCAUCCAGAUAUAUCUUUUUGAACCAAUGUGUACGCCAACACCGGCAAUGUCUCUCUCAGACUCGUGGAUCCCCCUCAGUAUAAUAAUAUUAUUCUUGCUUAUACUUGGGAGCCUAUCCGGUGUUCUGAUACAAAUAAAAAUGCUGGUGGUGGCAUCAUUCUAUCCAGACAAGGACUUGGAACGUAUCCACUACCUCCAUAACAACAUGCUGAAGAAAAGAUCCCAGACGCAAGCUUAUGGCGGAAGGCAAACAUUCAGCACCAUAGUGUCCCAGGCUAGCUUUUGGUUCCCGAUCCUUAAAAUGAAGUAUUCAGCUUUAAGUAAUAAAGAGGACCUGGCAAAUGAGACAUAA